AUGUCCCAACAAAACUCUAUUCAUUUUCACUAUUAUAAUGGUUCUAAUGGUGAUUUUUCACCAACUAUUAUUGAGACAGAACAAAACUAUAAUAGAACAAUACCUAUACAUUCACCACUAUCACCGCUACCACUACUACUAUCACUGUCAUCACCAUCACCAAUACUUCAUAACGUGUUUUUAGAAGAACCAGUAGUUAAUUUUGCUCAAGAUAUACGACCAAGCAUCAACAGUAAUAAAAGAUCUAAACCAAGAAAAAGCUGGGUAUGGAAUCAUAUGAAGAAAGACAAAAUUAACAAAAAGGUCAAAUGUCUCAUUUGGAGUGAUAUUAAUGGUGAUCUUAAGCAAUGUACGCGUCUUUUUGAACUCAAGACCAGUACAACUAAUUUGGCUACUCAUCUUCGAGUUGAACAUCGAUUUGACAAAAAUGGUUCUUUAUUACCAUUAAAUAGUAAACAAGAUCAAACAGUCUUGUCUCACUCAGUUCAGCAUGCCACAUUAUCAACACAAUCGCAAGCUUUGAUAAAUUCUUCACAACCAACUUUACAAGAAUUUGCCAAGUAUAAAGCACCAUUAUCCAACAAAAAACAAGAUCGAAUUACUUCUCGCAUACUGGCAUGGAUAGUUGAUGACAUGCAACCUUUUAAUACCUUGCUUACAAUUGAAAGCUUUUCAUAUCCACAUACAUCCGAACACAUUGAAGAUUGUUUGCGUAAAGAACUAGUAAAAUGGAAUUUAAGCAACAAAUAUUUAGCAGGUAUAACAGAUAAUGCUAGUUCAAUAGUGAAAGCAAUAAGAGAUCUUGAAAUCUUACAUAUUCGGUGUACGGCUCAUACUAUUCAACUUGGAGUUACGAAUGGCUUAAAAGAAGCAACU